AUGAAAACUACCUCGAACUCCGUUAACGUAAUCACCUCAUGCAUUCCUAUCUAUUUAGAAGAGGCCUUGGGCUUAUUGCUAAGCAGGUGGAAGCGGGAACGAAUGAUUUUGAUUCAUGUGGAGGAAGGAGUGCUAAUCGCAUAUCGGGUUCAGGAAGCUCUCCCACACCCAACUUCAAAUAAUAACUUGAACCCCGCUCGGGAGUCUAAGGCUAUGCACAAUGCCUGCGCCAUAAUUAAUCCCCCUUUCCGAUUCCCAAUAUUGACUUCUUCUCCGCUUAAAUUUAUCUCCUUACCACAUCUUGCACCCCCCGUAAACUGGAUGGUAAAGGAUAAGAAUUUGCCCGAUGCACGUCGGAGUUUCGUGAAGCCUGACCGAGCGCGAGAGGUACACUCUGGCAAGAUACUGAGGGAAUUGCUGUUGACUGAGAUAUGGGAGCAUGGUAUUGUAAGCUGGAUACCUGAAGCCUUUCCUCACUCGAUCAACGUCCAUUCCUCUCACACAGAAGAAACCAUCUCUCAUAAUUCAAAAACUCUCUCCCGUUCGCAUUCUUUCAUACUGGAAAUUUCGCAAACGCGUAGGACGAAGUAUGAUCGAACACUGAGAGGUGUAGUCGUAAAUAUUGUUCAUUCAAUGAUGUUGCCUGUAUAUCUGAUGCAAAAACGCAGAAGUCGGUGUGACUUUGUGGGGUUAGUGACUACCCAAAAUUCACAAAUUUCCGAGAUUGUCACGCCGAUAAUCACUGAGCAACUAUUUCUUGCAAAGCACUCCAAGUAUGUAUUUUUAACCCCCGAUUUAGAACUCGAAACUCUACCAUAUCUUGCGAGGAGGUCGAAACGAUGGUGUGCAAGUUUCUCACGCAACCAUGUAGAUUUUCUCAUUCACGUAUGGAUCAACCACAACCGCAUCAUCUUUUCUCCUCAAUUCAGAGACGAGUACAGGUGGAAUGGAAGCUUUCCAGAUCAAGAGACGAGUAUGGCAGAAAUAAUGCUGACGACCUUCCUUAGGUCGAACAAUUGCGUCUAUCAUGGGAGCCUCCAAACAACCUACCAUAUCAUAGUUUUAGGGUCCCAUAUAAUUCACCUCUCCUUUACAUCCACAUGCCAAUCCAACAAUUCUCAACCCUGCCCCACUGAGUCAGUUCUCAGGACUCUGAAUGAACGGCAGCAGUGCUUGCCUUGCUCUCGGUUGACCUAUUGCAUUAACCGUCGUAAUUUGGGAAAUUGGGCUGUAAAUAGAGUUGUGGAAUUCUUCUCGCUACCCUUGAGUAGAAGGGGAAAAGUGGAUGAAUUGGAAGUGGAAGAAAUGGAGCUGUGUUCGGAGCCUUUCGCCUUCAGAGCAUCUCAUCCACUCAUUUUGAGUAUAGCUUCCCGGGCUGUUCCUAACACAUAUCAAACCUUCGCGUUUCAGACUUCUACCCGCUUGUACACAUUCAUCACUCGCUGUGCCCUGGCCAUUAUGAGAAGAGAGAGGAGACUGAGUUUGGAUGGAACAUUCCUAGCGACUUCGCCCAUCUCUGAUCUUCUCUCUGAGUGGAUCCCAGGAAUAUUUAUUGUGGCUUAUUUACUUGAUGGUAGGCAUGGACCACCAUGUCAUUUCGCCCUCUCAGAAUUCAAUACAAAGUAUUCACUGAAGGCGCUAGUUCAUCCUUCAACGAUUGAUAUCGAGUUUCAACAACUCGUGGUAUCAGCGCUGGGAACCAUACGGAAAGCAUAG